ACAGAAUAUGGCCAGUAACUUGGGUGUGUGUGGUGUUUGUGAUCAUCGUCACGUUACCAAAUCAUCAGUAGUCUGGUGUUCCGAAUGUGAUGAAGGACUUUGUGAAGACUGUAAGGAACAUCAUAGCUUUUCAAAGGCAACAAGAAAUCAUGAAGUAGUUCCCAUUGAUGAAUAUAUGAAGCUACCGGUAAAGAUUUUGCAAAUAGCGCAAUUUUGCAACAAGCAUAACGAGAAAUAUGAACUCUUCUGUAGAAAACACGACUGUCCAUGCUGUAGGAAAUGUAUAGAAGAUCACAACGAAUGUAAAGAUUUAACAGAUAUUAGGAACAUGAUCAGCAAUGUCAAAUCUUCAACUGCUUUCAAGGAAAUCGAACGCACUUUGUCGGAAACUGCCGAAAACAUGAAAAGAAUCCGUAAAAUUCGUGAGGAAAACCUAGCAUUACUUGCAGAAAAGAUAAAGAUUGUUGAAUUGGAAGUUCAGCAAUUUAGAAACAAAAUAAAUGAACAUCUUGAUAAACUUCAAGAUGAGAUAUUGAAAGAAAUAAAAAUGGAGGAAGAUAAAGAAAGUAGCAAAAUUCGACAACUUGUGACGUCAUUAAGACAGAGAGAAAAGGAGAUUUUGCAAUGCAAAGACAACAUUGAAAAUACAAAGCGGUAUGGCUCUGACUUGCAAUCAUUCAUUGCAAUGAAACACAUUGAAAAAGAUAUUAUUAAAGAAGAGAAUUAUAUUCAAUCGAUCAGCAAAAGCGAACAGUUGCAUCAAAUCGAUAUAUCGUGGACGAUAGAUACAGCAUUGCAGGAAUUAACCACUGCCAUGAAGAUGUUUGGAGAAGUUAAUGUGAGUUCUAGUGCAUGUGCGAUAUCAAUCAAGAAUAAAGGGAACAUACAAGCUCAAAUAAUUGUACCUACAACAAACCAUUUCGAUAAUUUUAGUCUCAAGUUAAAACAAACAAUACAAACAAACUUGAAAGCUGUACGAGGGUGUACUUUCCUUCCUGAUGGUAGAAUAGUAUUUUCAAGUAUUUCAAGCAAACUAGUAAGAGUUAUAAAGCCAGACGGUUCAUUUGAUUCCGAUCUGAAUAUCAUUGGGACGGUUUGGGACGUGGUCUACAUUGGAGAUAAUGAUAUAGCUGUUACGUCAGGUGGAGCAAGUUCAAAUAAGAUCAAUAUAAUAGAUGUACCAAACAGAAAAGUGAAAAAAGUAUUGAAUGUCAAUUCCGCCAAUACCGGAGUAACAUUCAAUGCUGGAAAGUUGAUUUAUUGUGCAGUAGAUAAGGGACUAAAGAUGAUCAGUCUCUGUAAUGAAUCUAUCACCAGUAUCACCACUAGUAAAAUGUCAAGUGAUGCUUGCGUAGCUUUCCAAGGUGACAAGCUGUUCUACGCAAACGAAGAUAAUCACAAUGUCACAUGUUGUGAUAUCCAAGGUAAGAUACUGUGGACAUUCAAUAAAGAAAGUACUCUAUCCUAUCCAAUGGGUAUAUCUGUCGACAAUGAUGGGAAUGUAUAUGUAGCGGGUUUUAUAUCUCACAACGUGGUCGUUAUUUCCACAGAUGGUCAACGCUAUAGACAACUAUUAUCGGAGAAAGAUGGACUUCACUGUCCAUCAGCUGUGGAGUACGACCGAACGAACAAUAAACUUCUAGUUGCUGAUCGUUACGGAAGCGCUUUCGUGUAUGAUGUAAUAGGACAAUAAGCUUUGUUUAAUGGAUUCUUGUUGA